ACACUGUCGCCUUCACGCUCACGCCGCGGGGCGACCAAAACCAGGGGCUAAGAAUGGUCCUCACGACUUUAUUACUAUGGCGAAAAAACAAAUCAUGAGAGAGAAAGAGAGAGGGAGCUUCGAUUCCUUCUCUCUUGUCUCAGCCCAUCUCAGAUUCCACGAAGCUCUCCUUCGUAUAUAUCCUCUCGCUUUGAGCAAGGCAAUAAAUUCUCUCGCGCAUAUAAUUUCUGAGUGAGGAUCUGAAUUUUUUUUGUUGAACUUGGUUCAUGGCGUCCUCAGCUCAGCUUCGUCUUAUGUCCGAUCUGAAGGCCAUUAUCAACGAGCCUCCGGAGGGUUGCAGCGCGAGUCCGCAGUCCGACGAUAAUCUAUUCGUGUGGAGUGCCACCAUUUUUGGUCCCGACGAGACCCCGUGGGAAGGUGGUGUUUUCAGCUUACGAAUGACCUUCAACGAGAAUUAUCCCGAGAAGCCGCCUCGUGUUCGAUUCACCUCCGAAAUGUUUCACCCCAAUGUUUAUUGUGAUGGCACACUUUGUAUGGACAUAAUUCAGGAUGCGUGGUCACCCUGCCACAAUGUAUCUACAAUUUUGACGUCAGUUCAGUCACUUCUCACUGACCCGAAUCCUGCAAGUCCUGCAAAUCCCGAGGCUGCUCAGUUGUAUCAACAAGAUAUUCAGGCUUAUAACAAAAAUGUGCGCAGAUGUGCUCGCAGAUCCAUCGAUUCUUAAAUACAAUCAAACCCUUUUUCUGCCAUUGGAUUAGGAGAGAUCUCUGCUUUACUGGCAUAUAAGUCCGACUGCGUGUUCCAUUCUUCUGUAUCUACUUUGUUAUUUUAGGGUUUCCCUGCCAUAUAUUCAAGUCAUAUUGAUAAUCAUGUUGUGAGAUUUGCACUGUUAACUUGUGAUGAUUUGAAGAGAAUUGCAUUCAAAGGUUUUAAUAAUACGAGUGUUUAAACUUUA